AUGGCUCUCCGUCUGCAUUUUCCUCUUCAGCCUCGCAUAAUUGCUCCAAUUCAGUCCAAUAAACCCAUUCGAAUCGGCAAAUUCUGCGUUCGUAGUCAUGCUUUGGACUCCAACAAUGAGCAUAAGAUGGUACUGGAAGUAAAAGAGAAGCUUGAAAAGGAUUAUCACAAUCUCCCUGUGGGCAGAAAUGGAAGAGAUGAUGAAGACAUGAUCCUCUGGUUUUUGAAGGACCGGAAGUUUUCUGUCAGAGAUGCUGUCUCAAAAUUGACCAAAGCCAUUAGAUGGCGUCAAGAAUUUGGUGUGUCACAAUUGUCAGAGGAAUCGGUGAAAAGUGUAGCUGAAACAGGAAAAUCCUACGUGCAUGACUUUGUUGAUGUCUGUGGCCGACCAGUGCUAAUAGUGGAGGUGUCCAAGCAUUUUCCUGAGAUGGUACUGGAAGUAAAAGAGAAGCUUGAAAAGGAUUAUCACAAUCUCCCUGUGGGCAGAAAUGGAAGAGAUGAUGAAGACAUGAUCCUCUGGUUUUUGAAGGACCGGAAGUUUUCUGUCAGAGAUGCUGUCUCAAAAUUGACCAAAGCCAUUAGAUGGCGUCAAGAAUUUGGUGUGUCACAAUUGUCAGAGGAAUCUGUGAAAAGUGUAGCUGAAACAGGAAAAUCCUACGUGCAUGACUUUGUUGAUGUCUGUGGCCGACCAGUGCUAAUAGUGGAGGUGUCCAAGCAUUUUCCUGAGAUGCAGGAUCCUUAUGAAGAUGAGAAACUAUGUGUGUUCCUGAUUGAAAAGGCAUUAAGUAGACUACCUGCAGGAAAACAAGAUAUACUUGCAAUAAUUGAUCUCCGGGGCUUUGGUACUGAGAAUGCAGAUAUCAAGUUCUUAACAUUCUUGUUUGACGUUUUCUAUUACUACUAUCCACGGAGGUUGGGUGAAGUGCUUUUUGUGGAAGCUCCAUUCUUGUUUAAGCCAGUUUGGCAGCUGGCCAAGCCUAUGUUGAAAUCAUAUGCGUCGCUGGUAAUCAUUUUCUAUUUUGUCACUUCUGUAUUUUUUCCUCUCUGCAGUUUGACUGUUAAUUACUUUCAUUUAUAUUUGUAAUUAUAACUUUCUACUCCAACUCAUGACAGCUACUUGUUUUGUCACUAGUGCUUCGCAUCUUGGUGAGGCACAAUAACAUUCCAG